CGGAGAAUCGACUGUAUUCUCAAUCUUGCAAUUCCGCGGGAACAAAAGAGACAGAGACUCGAUCUCGCCGACAACAAUAACAACAAAAGACUCGUACAUUUUCGUUUUCUUUUUCCCAAUUCGCUGCCCCGAGUAGCAGCCAGACAGGGCACCGCAUUGUUUCAUCUUCCCCAGACGAACGACCCCGCCAUCAUCCACCACCAUGUCGCCCAUAACUCUCGAUCUCACAUCCGACUUCAACCCCGCCAACACCACGGGCGCGGGGUCGUCGUCGUCGCAACCCAGAACCCUCCUCGUUGCGCCGCCCUCGGUCGCCUCCCACGAGGAGCGCAUCAGCGCCCUCUUCUCCACCUACCCCCGCGAGACCACCGACCUGCACAUGCUCGACCGACUCGCCGCCGGUCUCGUCACCCUCCCCGCAUCCACCUACGACCUGAUCCUCGUUUUGACCGACCCGGACGGCAGCCGUCAUGCCGAAGCCUCGGCCCUGCUCAGUAACCGCGCCGUGUGGUCCCUUCUCGUCCCCGCCCUCAAGGCCGGCGGCAAUCUGCGCAGCGAAGAUGGCACCCUCGGCACAAACACCGCUACCCCUGAGGCCCGUGAGGCCGUGCUAGCCGGUCUCGUCGCCGGCGCCGAUGGCUUCACCAAGCCCGACUACGCCGAGGAGGAAGCCGUGCCGUUGCGUUUUGGUCUCAAGAGGAAGACCAACCCCAACCCCGUUGUUGCGCCCAUCCAGCCCGUCGCCCAAGUCGUCACUGCCGCCCCAGCCGGCGUCGGUUUCGUCACGCUCGAUUUGAACGACGAUCUCGAUCUCGACGACGACGACGACGACGUGAUUGACGAGGACACGCUCCUCACGGAAGCGGACCUGCGCCGCCCCAUCCAGCAGCCGCCCGAGUGCCAGCCCAAGCCGGGCAAGAAGAGGAGGGCGUGCAAGGACUGCACGUGUGGGCUGGCGGAGCGGCUGGAGGCGGAGGACAAGGCGCGCAGGGACAAGGCGGACCAGGCGCUGAACACGCUCAAGCUCAAGAGCGAGGACUUGCUGGAGCUGGAUCUGACGGUUCCCGGAAAGACGGGGAGCUGUGGUAGUUGUGCGUUGGGAGAUGCUUUUAGGUGUGCUGGCUGCCCAUACCUAGGUCUCCCACCCUUCAAGGUCGGCGAGGAGGUGUCGAUCCUCAACAACGUGCCGCAGUUGUGAUGUGGGGGGAAAAGAAAAAACAGUUGGAUGCCAAAUGAGAAAGUGGAACGAGACAGUUCAGCGCCAAAUUAUCACCAGCAUGAAAGGAAGGCCUGACACACGACGAUUUCGCAACAAGAUACCCGGCUAUGAAAUUUGCUUUUUAGAUUCAGGAUAGAAACAUCCUGAGAUACAUUUUUUUCUCUUUUUUUUACGUUAGUUGCAUUAUGAUAGUCUUCACAUCGAUGCUUUCGGGUCAAAUCUGAUUUACAAAAAAGUGUUCUUCGCCGUGUAUGGUCCCUUCUGAUUAAAGGGACACGGGAUUUGCGAACAUAGGAAAAGGGGUGUUGAUGUCUUUACGCCAACUGGGCAUGGUUCAAUGUGCAGAUCAGUUUCAAGA